UACACCGCGGGAGUUGCGAGCUGUGCAGAAGAUCGGCUAUAUCUAGUUGCUAGCUUGCUAAUGUUGCCAUCUGCUUUCUUUGGUGUCCUCACUCGAUCUGGUGAAUACGCAGUAGCUGAGAGAUAGUGACAGUACGUACCGGCCGGCCGGUGGAUCGACCAGUGGAAAAUUAACAAUGAGGAGAUUGACGACGACGACGACGACGAAGACGGACACGGUGCGUGUGAACAUCGAGAAGAUGCUGGAGCAGCUGAGCCGGCCGGCGAGGCUGGACGGCUACUCCAUCUACCGUGUCCCGGCUAGCGUCCGCGACAGCGUGGACAACAAGCACUACGAGCCGAGGCUGGUCUCCAUCGGCCCGUACCACCGGAGCAAGCACCACCUCCGCGCCAUGGAGGACCGGAAGCGCCUCUACCUCCUCCGGUUCCUCCACGACCAGCACGACGACGACGACGGCAGCGGCCGCCGCGACGGCCUGCUGCAGGACUGCGUCGGCAGGGUGCGCAAGCUCGAGGCGCGAGCGCGCGCGUGCUACUUCGAGAGCCCGGCCACCGGUGACGGAGAAGACGACGACGACAUGUUCGUCGAGAUGCUCCUCCUCGACGGCUGCUUCGUGGUCCAGCUCUUCAUCCAGUGGUUCUGCGGCGCCACGGAUCCCGUGUUCGACGUCGGCUGGAACCUCCCGCUGCUGCACACCGACCUGCUCAUGCUCGAGAACCAGAUCCCCUACUUCGUCCUCCUCGCGCUCUACGACGCCUACUCUCACGACCCCAACCGCCCGCCGUCGGCGCGCCCCAAGCCGUCGCUGACGACCAUCAUCACCUCCUACUUCAGCGAGAAGGAAGGGAGACAGCCCGCGACGACGACGGCCACCGAGGACGCCAUCGAUCACCUGCUCCACCUGUACCACUCCACCUUCGUGAUGCCGCCACCCGAUCACCUGCCGGCGCCGGUGCAGGCUGACUGCGGCGGCAAGCUGCCAAGGACGAUCCGCUGCGCCAAGGAGCUGACCAUGCACGGGGUGAAGUUCGUGCGCAAGCCGGAGACGACCAACGUCCUCGACGUCACGUUCUGCAGGGACACCGGCGUCUUCCAGAUCCCUCGCGUCGCCAUCGAGGACUCCACCUGCAUCAGGUACAUGAACCUCGUCGCCUUCGAGCAGUGCCGCGGCGAGGCGGCGGUGGCGGAGAAGCACCUGACCAGCUACGUGGUGCUCAUGGACUACCUGAUCAACACGGCGGAGGACGUGGUGAUCCUGGACAGGGCGGACGUGAUGGAGAACAAGCUGGCCAACGAGGAGGAGGCCGCCAAGUUCUUCAACCAGCUCCGCCUCAGCUCCUACAUCAACUACGACGACCACUACCUGGCGCCGGUGUACCGCGACGUUGACGCCUUCUGCCGCCGCAAGUGGCCAAAAUACAAGGCCAAAUUCCGCCGGGACUACCUCAACAGCCCGUGGGCGAUUUUCGGUUUCUGCUUGGCCACCACAUUCGCCGUCAUCACCUUGUUCAACACCAUCGUCACCAUAUUGCAGACGUUUUUCCAUCUCUUUAAAUGAUCAUUAAAUCCAUCGAUAUAUGCAAACUGAUCAAUAUCGUUCUAUCAAUUAAUCUCUCUAGCUACAUCCAUAUGUAAUUUACAUAUCUACUUUGUUAAUUCUCACAGUUGCUAUUUUUUUUU